GUGGAUUCUAUUUUAGAUCACACACACUGUAGCUCAUGAGCGAUGCAAGCGCUAGUGAGGAGGAGUUGUUAUUGGACGACCGUAGGACUACUCGUAGAACUGCUCUCAGUCGACCUUUGACUUUCCUAGAGUUAGGUCCAGGAGACGAGAGGAGACUGCAGAGAAAGGCUAGAGAGAGAACAGCGACAAGAAGAGCAAGGGUGGUUGAGGCCAGUGCCAGGUCUAGGAUUACAGCUAGCACUAGUACGACCAUGGCUACUUCCUCUACCAUGUCGCAGGCCUCUUCACAAACCACUUCGUCAGGAGUUAGUCAGAGUGUUUCUCGGGUUUCCAUCAGCCAGUGUGCUGGCUUGCAAGUCAGCCAGCAGGCUCGACUCACGUUGGAGGAUUAUGAGAUCCUCCAAGCAAAAGAACUUCAGGAUGAGUUGCAGCGGCAGUUGGAUGAAGCAGCAGAGAGAAGAAGAAGAGCAAUAAUGAGAAAAGCUAAACUAGGUAGUAGAUUGCAGGAACUAGGCAAGCUGGAAGCACGAGAUGAGUCCACAUUACAUCCCGCUAUGCAAGCUCUGCGGAAUUCGUUCUUGUGUGUGGCGGAGACCCAGGUUGUUCAGCAGGAAGUGUUGGUUGAACUAGUGGCAGGCCAAAAACGAAUUAUGGCUGCACUACAGGCUCCUCGUCCAGUUAUGAGGCAGCCUCAGUUUGCUGUAGCUCCCCCUUCAGGUGCGGGUCCAUCAGUGACGCCGUCGCCGGUAGGGCCUUCAUUCUCACCUAUGUUUGGCAUGCCCCCUCCAGGUGGUUAUGUGGCGACUAGUGGUCCGGUCCUUAGAGUCUCAGUCGUACCAUCGACGACAGUGGUUACUACAUUCCCACGGUCAAGCCAGGCCCACGUUAGUGUGCAGCAACCUGUUUCGGUGGCUAUGCAGCCACUGCAGCAAUCCCCUGGGCCAAUGCAGCCUAUGCAGUGGAUGCCCAAAAUACCCUUGCUGAGUCCUAAGCCCUUCUCCGACGACAGGAAGAAGAAUGAGGACUUGGACACCUGGGUAAGGACGGUGCCUACCUGUGUGAGGCACAAGCUUACCAGGCUGGAGCAAGAAGUUGUAGUGGCUGCCUCCUUUCUAGAGGGGUCAACAGCCCACUGGUUGAAUGGCCUAGUGCAGCAGCAGGGCUACGGUCAGAACUUCGAUGCCUGGCCCCAGGCCCAGACGUUGGAAGAGUUUGUACGGUCCGUAUACAAUAGGUGGCACGACCCUCAAGGGGCCCAAAAGGCCACAUACGCGAUCAACAGUCUUUGUGUCAGAAGGUACAAGAAUGUUAGAGAGCUUACGGAUACCGUAGAACGUCUGCUCGUGGUACCUGGUGUGCGCUAUGACCAGCAGGUACUCCUUCCGGAUUACCUUAGAUGUCUGCCUUCAGAGGUUAGGACAAAGCAGGUAGACGAGGCCUAUGUCGAACAGUACAACUUCGCUUCAUUCAGCAAGAAGGCCUUAGACAUAGAGGCAAAAUUGGGAUUUGCGCAUCAGAGUCAAGAAGAUGGUAGGAAGGAGAGACUACCUCAGGACUGGAAGAAGAAAGGUCAACUAAUGUUCAUCGACCACGAUGGUCGGGCGACGGAAAUUGACGACUUCCCAGACCUUGGGGAGGAGACAGAGCACGAUGGGGCCAGCGAGGCUUCGGAUGGGGGAGUCGUGGCACCCAUCAAGGAAAAGGCUAGGGGGACCGGGAAGAAGAAGGUAGGCCGGUCUACAGGUCAGGACGACCAAGGAACUCCCGCAUGGGUGAAACUUGGUUUAGAGUAUGUGUGGAGGGAUCGAGUCGCUAGGGGCACGUGCAUGAACUGUGGAAACUAUGGCCACACGUCCCGAAUGUGCCGAGGCAAGAAAGUCCUAACGAGGGUAGCCUCUCCAACAAUGGUGGCACUAUCUUCGAACCCUGGCGGUGCUUCUGCGAGCACUUCGCAGGGAAACACCUCGGGCCAGUAGGAGUUUUAGUCGCUCUUACUCGCGCUGAAGUGGUAACGUUGCCUUCCCCACUU